AUGUCAUCCAAGAUCUCGUCUGCAGCAUCCGAAUUAAUACUCUUGAUCUCAGCUGCUGCUGCUGCCGCUACGAUACUCAUCUUGGAUUACUAUUAUUCCGAUGGCUCUCCUUAUUAUGGCGACGGUGGACAGGCAACAUACGUACGAUUCCUAUUGAAUGUAGCCCGGCCAGAACUCUUCCGCGAGAUCACUGGAAUCGAACGAACCACCUUUGAUCGGCUAGUUCUGGAAUUUGAAGAAGCAGCGCUCCUCGGAGAUGGACGAUCUGUGACCGUCAAAGAACAGGUCCUCAUGUUUCUUGAUAUUACUCGCUACAACAACUCCAUGCGUCAAACCGCAGUGAAGUUCCGACGUGGAUUAUAUACAGUCAAUCGAUACUUUGAAGAGGUGCUCGAGGCCCUUGUCAUGUUAUACCCGCGAUACGUCAAGUUUGACUCAACAACGACAGCCCUCCACGACUGCAUCAAGCGUAAUCCUAAAAUGGCGGCUUUCAAAAACUGUCUCGGGGCUAUCGAUGCCGAAGAAAAAACCGGCAACAUCUUUCCGCUUGAAGCCGAAGCUUUCUGCUGGGCUGGGUGA